CGGUUUGGCUUCUGAAGCCAUCAAUCAGAAUGACAUCAUUGUUGAUCAGGCUACUCGGGAGGCGUGCAUUUGCUGGCCCUGUAAUGAGGAAAAGGAAGUCUCAGAAAACCACCCCAGGCUUCUCAGGAGAGGAACACCAUGCGGGGGGCAGAGGCUGGAAAGCCCUUAAUUAAAUUCAACCACUGCAAGAAAUUCAUCUACAGUUUCAGUGUGCCCCAGUGCUGCCCCCUCUGCCAGCAGGACAUGGGCCCAAGGAAGCUGGAGGAAGCACCUGUUAGCAUCUCUAAUCCGUUUACCAAUGGGCAUCAGGAAAAAUGCUCCUUCCUCCUCAGACCAACUCAAGGGACGUUUCUUAGGGAUUAUGAUGGAAGGUCUGAUCUGCACGUUGGGAUAACCAACACAAACGGAGUUGUGUAUAAUUACACCAUGCAUGGUGUCCAGCAAGAUGAAGCAGGGUGGGAGCAGAGUGUAAGCAUCCCCUUACUGCAGCCCGGCAUGUUUGGACUGAUGGACCAGUGGGACAAGUACCUGGAAGACUUCUCCACCACAGGGGCCUGGCUGCCUCACAGGUACGAGGAAGACCACCACAACUGCUACAGCUACACCCUCACAUUCAUCAACUGUGUCCUGACCACAGAAGGCAGGGAGCUCCUAGACAAAGAGGAGUUCACGGAGAAGUACGUGAUCCCGAGGACAAGGAAGGCUUCCAAGUACAUCACUCUCUACCGGGCGAUAGAAGAGCGCGGCUUCUAUGUGAUCGACCACCCUGAUCGGGAGCCAGACCCUCCUGCAGGCGGUUUGUGCUAAGCACGCUGAGCAGGGACAGGACGAAGGGGUUGCUGCUAGUUUGUAGGCACUAGGGGUUUCUAAAUGUGUUAGGCUGUGGUGAAUAAAAAAUGUACAGCUUUCUUUUAAGCACAUUUUCAUGGACUGCUGUAUAAGAAUUUAUAAAAUAAAAAUUGCCCUGGGUUUUAAAAA